CGGCGUCUCGUGGGAGACGUUCCCUCAUCAGUGUUCAUCAGAUACAUGGGUGCUUUAGAUACUCAUGUCAACUCGUCGGGACGCGGCGCGAAGGGGGAUGACAGUGUCCGCCCACCACGGACUGGUGUGGGCCGUCUCUUUCGUGCGUGUCUCGCCAUCGGUUCGUAUAUGGUCACCCGCAGGAAUCCGCACGCAAUCUCACGCGACUUUCGAGAGCCGCGUCGAAUCCGCGAGAUGCGUGUUUCCGAUUGACACCGGGGUGUUCGAUUUCCUUCCUUUUGUGAGAGAACGCCGCAGUUACGUACGCACGAGGCGAGUAAUGAGGUUGCCACGCUGGUGUUAGUGUCAGGAACAUGGCUAUAUUUAGCGUAUGACGGCUGGCCAUUUCAGAGCAGGAACGACUUGAUAUAGCUCGCUCGCGGCGUCGCCUGUUGUGUGUUUACGGCCUCGGUUCAUGAUAACGGCGCGGAAAUGGAGGAUAUAUUUCAGUGGUGUCGCGAAGGCAACGCUAUGCAAGUCCGCGUCUGGCUGGAUGACACGGAGCAUGACAUGAAUCAGGGAGACGAUCAUGGAUUCAGUCCACUUCACUGGUGUGCUAAAGAAGGCCAUUUAAAAUUGGCAGAGUUGUUAGUUACCAGAGGGGCACGCAUUAAUGCCACCAACAGAGGAGAUGAUACACCAUUGCAUCUAGCCUCAGCACAUGGACACAAAGAGAUAGCACAGCUGUUGCUCAGAAAUCGUGCCGACGUAAACGUCACAAAUGAACAUGGAAACACUGCCUUGCACUACGCUUGUUUCUGGGGAGAUCAGGCAGUUGCGGAGGAAUUGGUCGCAGCGGGUGCUCUCGUAUCUAUCGCCAACAAAGACGGUGAUACUCCUCUUGAUAAAGCCAGAGGUGUUGUGGCCAAGAGAUUGCAUGAUAUAGCAAUGGAGUAUGGACAAGAUUUGAAGAAGAUACAGUUCAAAGAUCAGAGUUGGUUAGGCUUGAAGACUAGGAGCCGUGACGCGACUCUCUCGAGAUACAAAGGGAUCAGUAUGGCAGAUUUGUCCCUCCACAUGCACCUCGCGAGCACACCGAGUGGCGAAACUUGGAGAGGUCGAUGGCAAAACAAUGAUAUCGUUGCCAAGAUAUUAAAUAUUCGCGAGUGUACCACGCGCAUCUCCAGGGAUUUCAACGAGGAGUUCCCAAAGCUGAGAAUUUUCUCACAUCCGAACGUUCUGCCGGUCCUUGGCUGCGUGAAUCAGCCCCCGCAGUUGGCAACCGUCUCCCAAUACAUGGCGCGAGGCAGCUUGCAUAGACUUCUGCACGGCGGGACGGGUGUCGUCGUAGACACUGUACGUGCUCUACGAUUAGCCCUCGAUAUCGCCAGAGCUAUGGCGUUUCUUCACGGUUUGGAUCGGCAGAAUAGAUGCAGAUUUCACCUCAACAGUAAGCACAUAAUGAUCGAUGAGGAUCUAACAGCUCGUGUGAAUAUGGCCGAUGCGAAAUUUUCCUUCCAAGAAGUCGGGCGAAUUUAUGAACCGGCAUGGAUGUCGCCGGAAGCUUUGAGCAAACGUCCGGCGGACAUAAAUCACGAAGCGAGCGACAUGUGGAGCUUCGCCGUUCUUCUGUGGGAAUUGGCGACCAGAGAAGUACCAUUUGCGGAUCUAUCGCCUAUGGAAUGUGGCAUGAAGAUCGCCCUGGAAGAUUUACGCGUAAGCAUUCCGCCGGGCAUCUCUCCGCAUCUCGCAAAGCUUAUUCGAAUUUGUAUGAAUGAGGAUCCGGGCAAGCGACCGUCCUUCGACAUGGUUGUGCCGAUCCUUGACAAGAUGAAACGUUAAAAUAUAUAAAAUUAUUUGAUAAAAGGUAACACAAUCAGAAAAAAUAACGGAAUACAUCCAUUUAAUAGUAUCUAAAGAAUCUCUAUAUUUAUUAAACUGCCUGAAGAAUUGUUAUUAACAACGAUAGAAUAUUUUUGUAUCAAUAUAUUCCGUAAGUGGACGAAUACUGCCUUUAAAAGCCUAAGUUCUAAACGAACUAAUUUUUAAUUAUUUAUAUUUUUAAUAUAAAUUUAUAAACGUAUUGUAGAAGCGCACGUUUAUAUUCGUAAUCUGUAAAACAAGUUUUUAAAUGUGUAGCUUGAAUUGUAUCUAUUUAGUGCAUUAUUAUCUGACGAAAUCGCCAGGACAUUUAAUAUAAAAGGGAUAGAGUAAUAGUGCUAUUUACACACAUUAGAGAACAUAUUUUUUAUAAAAUGUUUAAUGACACAUUUAUCUAUAUGUCGUCAGAUAUAUAUUAUGAUUAUAUGUACAUUAAUUAAAAUCAGGAUGAUUAA